AUGGUGAUGCCGUCUUUGAAAGAAUUUACGUAUGGCAAGUUGCUUACAGCAGUUGGUAGGGAUCCAAAUGACCAAAUGCUUCCCAUAGCAUAUGCAGGGUUGGUACAUGUUAUUGAAGAGCUUUUGCCUAAGGCAGAGCAAAGAUUCUGCAUCAGGCACCUUUAUGCUAACUUCAGGAAGCAGUUUAGUGGUCAAAUAUUGAAGAACUUGAUGUGGAGUGCUGCAACAAGCACGCACCCCCAGUCUUGGGAGAGAGAGAUGUUGAAUAUGAGAGCAGUGAAUGAGGAAGCUUAUAAAUACCUCAUAGGUAUUCCCCCAAGGUUUUGGUCAAGAUCUAGAUUCACAGCUCAAGCAAGUUGUGAUAGUCUAGAUAACAACAUCAGUGAAUGUUUCAACAGUGUCCUUAUUCAUGCUAGAGGAAAACCAAUAAUCACAUUGCUGGAAGAUAUUAGACUGUAUUUGAUGAAAAGGUGGGCCACGAACAGAAUGAAGGUCGCAUCUAUGGAUUUCAAUGUGUGUCCAAAGAUCAAGAAGAGGCUAACAAAGGAAUGUCAAUUGUCUAGAUAUUGGAUCCCAAGCUGGUCCGCAAGAAGGAUUUUUGAGGUUAGGCAUGUUUCAGCUGUUGGGAACAAGUUCACAGUGGACUUGGAUACUCAUGAAUGUAGCUGCAGGAAAUGGAUGAUCAGUGGCAUCCCAUGUUGCCAUGCAGUAGCAGCGAUGCACUACAUAAAUUUAGACCCAGACACUUUUAUACCAACUUGGUUCAUGAAAUCCACAUACGAAGAGACAUGCAUCCAUCAUUUAUCCUAUGAAUGGCCACCUCCUAUGGGAAAAUACAAGCUUUCCUUAUGUACUGUCACCGGUUAAGAGGAAGAUGCCUGGGAAGCCAAAGAAGAAAAGAAGAUUGGAGCCAUGGGAGCUAACAAAGGAUGGGACCCAGAUGAGUGUUGGUGGCCAUAGAAAGAAAUGUAGCAUCUGUCGUCAAUUGGGGCACAACAAAAAAGUAUGCCCGUUACGUCCACCCAUCAUAGAACCAACAGAAACAGCAGAAGCAUCACAAGCACAAAGUAUACAAGAACCAACAAGUGACCAAUCUCCUCAGCCAACACUACCAACACAAGAUUUGA